GAUUUAUUUUUCAUUUUCCGAAAUAUUCUCUUAUAAACUUAUAAUUAGAAAGUUAAAUUAAUUUGUAAUUUAAACUAGUAUAAUGUUUCUAUUUCAAUCUAUUCGAAUGAAGGGUAGGUUAGUAAUAAAAAAUUGUCACUAGCCAGAAAAUUAUAAAUCCUAGUGUCACGGAGGUUGGAACGUUGUAAAUAGAGAGAGAGAGAGAGAGAGAGAGAGUGAGAAGGAGAAAGAGAGAUAGCCUCGCGCAAUCGGUGAGGGAGUCUCGCAUCGGUUUGUAGGCGUCAUCAUGGUGUGUGGGUCGAAGCGUUUUUUGAGAGAUGAGUUUGUUUUUAAUCGUUAAUACGUGAACAUUUUUAGUGUUUAUAGUGAUGUUUUUACGGAAAGUUUCGCUGUUGUCCUGCAAAUCGUUAUGGAGAAUCCCAUCGAUACGUAACGUACAAUUACGAAAUAAGUUUUAAACGGAACGAUAGGACAGUGCAUACGAUGUCGGAUUCCGAACAAGUUUUUCUUGUACGUCGGCUUGUAUGGAAAUGCAAAUGGACCGUUGUUUUAUCGAUAUUGUGUGUAAUUCCAUUAAACGUUGUAAAAGCCGACAAUCUAUCGUAUGGUACGAAAGAUAAUCAGUGUCCUGUCGAGUGCGGGUGCCUUGGUAAUGUGGUAGACUGCAGUAACUUACAAUUGAUCGGAGCACCCAGCGGACUACCACCAUGGACAGAGAUCUUGGAAUUAAGAGAAAAUAACAUAGCUAAUUUGGAGCCGGAUGCCUUACUGCAUUUAACAAAGCUCAAAGAACUGGAUCUUAGCGCGAAUAAACUUGGAGAUAACUUCACGAUCGUUUUACCAAAAGCUUCGCAGUUACAAGGACUCAAGGUGAAUAAGAAUCGAUUGACUCGAGUGCCAGACAUGGUUUUUGUAGAAAACAUAACUCACCUCGCAUUGGCUCAUAAUUCGAUUAGCGAUAUAAAUGGAACCGCUUUACUUACGUUACGGCGUCUUCAAAAUUUGGAUAUCAGUGGAAAUAAAAUAAGCGUCGUACGAAAUGGCUCCUUUCUUGCUCCCAAUCACCUUACACAUUUAAAUUUAAAUAUGAACGAGAUAAGGGUAAUCGAAAAUGGAAGUUUGGAUAAUUUGACUUCGUUGGAGGAACUACGCUUAAAUAAAAAUCACUUAACACAGUUGAAGGAUUUGUUUACGAAUUUAAAAAAACUGCGCAUCUUAGAAAUAAAUAGAAACGAAUUACAGACGAUCCAAGGUCUUAGCCUUCGAGGUUUAAGAAAUCUUAAAGAGUUACGGUUAAAAAGAAACAAGAUCGAAUCUUUGGACGAUGGGGCAUUUUGGCCUCUUGAAAAUUUAACCAUAUUACAACUUGACUUCAACUUGUUAACUACCGUGAGAACAGGUGGUCUAUUCGGAUUAGAACGUUUACAAAAGUUAACACUGUCGCACAAUCAAAUAAGCACAAUCGAGGUACAAGCGUGGGAGAAAUGUAAAGAAAUCGUAGAAUUGGAUUUGUCGCACAACGAAAUAGCUUUGAUUCCACGACAUACUUUUGAAUUUUUAGAAAAAUUGGAAAAACUCAAGUUGGAUCACAAUAAAAUUACGUACAUUUCGGAUGGUGCAUUUGGUUCAACCCCUAAUUUACAAAUACUGGAACUAAAUUUCAAUAAAAUUUCGUACAUGGUGGAAGAUAUCAACGGCGUGUUCGAUCCAUUGAGACAGUUGUGGAAAUUGGGAUUGGCGCACAAUGAUAUAAAAUCCGUAAACAAAGAUGCAUUUAGGGGAUUAAGUAGUGUAACGGAAUUAGAUUUAAGUGGAAACGACGUAACAAGCAUUCAGGAAAAUGCGUUCGCGUCGAUGACCAGCUUGAUUAAACUUCGUAUGAACUCGAGUACGUAUGAAAGCACCAAAGUACCGCGUAACGCGAGUACGCAAAUGUUUGAGAUAUAUUUGUAUUUAUUUCUCUUGGCGUACAUAGGAACGCUGCUUUGCGAUUGCGGCCUACAAUGGUUAAGUAUGUGGUUGCGCGAGCAUAGAUACAGCGAUGCCGAAGUGUAUUGUGGAUAUCCGCAUUGGUUACAGGGUAUGUCGUUGACUCAGGUGCAUCAUGAAAAUUUCACAUGCGACGAAUUUCCGAAACCACGAAUUAUCGAGGAACCUAAAAAUCAGAUGGGUAUCAAAGGAGGUAACGUAACGUUAGUUUGUCGAGCAACCAGCACUGCCAGCGCGCCGCUACAUUUUACAUGGAAGCACGAUAACGUGGAAAUGGAUAAUGCCAAUUCGCGAACAAACAUCGAUUCCGCGGAGAGUGGUGUGACAAAAGCGUCUUCCAUAUUACAUCUGACGAAUGUGACGCAUGCGAACGCUGGAAAAUAUCAAUGUAUGGUUACGAACACGUAUGGGACAACGUAUUCGGCGAAAGCAAAAAUAAACAUUUUGGUUUAUCCAUCGUUCUCGAAAAUACCUCACGAUAUACGCGCAACUGCUGGAAGCACAGCUCGACUCGAAUGUUCGGCGGAGGGGCAACCGUCGCCGCAAAUAGCGUGGCAAAAAGAUGGAGGAAACAACUUUCCAGCGGCAAGGGAAAGAAGAAUGCACAUGAUGCCAACCGAUGACGUGUUAUUCAUCGUUGACGUGAAAACCGCGGAUAGUGGCGUUUACUCUUGCACCGCGCAAAAUCUUGCCGGCCUUAUUGUCGCGAAUGCUACUCUUACCAUAUUAGAAACACCGUCGUUCGUGAAACCGAUGGAAAACAAAGAAAUAAUGGUCGGUGGUUCGAUCGUGUUGGAAUGCAUGGCAAGCGGUAUGCCAAGACCAAAGCUCUCUUGGCGUAAAAACGGAAGUCCUCUACAAGCUACGGAACGUCAUUUCUUUACGGCCGAAGAUCAAUUAUUGAUAAUCGUAAAUACCAAAGCUAGCGAUGCUGGUAGUUACGAAUGCGAAAUGAGCAAUUCGUUGGGCAGCGUCGUUGGCGCGUCCCAUCUUACCGUGAAACCAGCUCCGACCUCUACACCUAGUCCCGCUUCGGUAAACGAAGACGACAUACUAGGUUUGAUAAUAAUUACCGUCGUAUGCUGCGCCGUUGGUACGUCCAUAGUAUGGGUGGUUAUAAUUUAUCAAACUAGACGACGUUUAAACGCUGUCGCGCAAGCUAGACACGCGCAAUCGUCGACGGCUGUUACGGCCCCUGUUCCAGAUACACAGACGCAUUUAUAUUUGGAAACGAGUUCUCAGCACAGCAAAGAUAGCGGUACAGGGGAUAGUACCAAUCCUAGUAGCGAUCAGUUACAAUUAUGUUUACCCGAGGAGAUCGUUACGUGUUCUAUGCAGAACGAAGAAGAAACUGGAGCGAUAAGUGUUGGAGCUCCGUUGUUACGAUACACGAAUCACGAACGACACGUUCGCGAGAACGAUGAUUGCGCAGUAUAAAAACAGAUCCGUCGUGUUUCAAGUUCGCGUUCGUGAUUGUGCAAACGAACUCGUUUUCGAACGAACUUUUCAGAAAAAUCAUUCUGCGAACGAUGAUUAGUGGUGAAUGAUCGAGGUGUAUCAAGGACGAGUCGAAAAAAGAAAGCGCCGAACGAUCGUCGGUUCACCGUCGGUAGCAAGGUAUUGCUAUAAACUGGCCGAUUUUGUCGCGUCGCGCGAACAUUAAUGGUAAGUAGAACCGUUGAAAUAAGAGGCACGAAUCAUCGUUGUAUUUAUUAUUAAAAAAGAGAAACGAUGGCUGCGAUAGCGCAGGGUAAACCAGAAAGUACUAGUGACAUACGAUUUGUAAAUACUUAGGAAUAAGCAUUCGUCAUAAUUUGUAUUGAACGUCGUUAAAGAGAAAAUAAGAGAGCUAAAACGAUGACAUCGGGAAUCACCGUAAGCCGCAAAAGCCACAUUAUUAUUAUUAUUAUUAUUGUUAUUAUUACUAUUAUUAUUAUUAUUAUCAUCAUCAUCAUUACUACUACCACCAUUACUAUUAUAUUAUUAUUACUAUUAGACCAGUCUUUUGUGAUAGAUAUUUAUUUGUAGGAUUACGUAAAUCAUCGAACGGCGAUUAUAUUUAUAACGAUGCCCAACGGUGUAAAACUGGCUGAAAAAGAAGGAACAAGAGAAACAUACACGGGUUCAUGCACACUCGUUAAAUACAUAUAACGCAAUAUGUACGAAAAGAAAAACGCGUUUAUAUACAUAUGUACAUUUGUUUGCGUGCACCAAAGUGCUGAUAUAGAGACACUUCGUGAUUUGUCUUCCCCCUUCCGGCCUCUUUUUUUUUUUCUUCACUCGUAGCUGAUCGGCUACGAUUG